UAGUACAGUGAUAAACAAGGCAGGCCAACAAGUUCCAGACAAUAGAAGUCACAUCGACAGCGAUCAAAUAAAAGAGGAACAUGUACCUUCAUCGCUGUCGGAUUGUUUCAAACAAGAAAAUGGAACUUUGAUUACGGAGUGCGUAACUGUUAAGGUAAUUGAUGUUCAAAGAGGAGAAAGUGGUAAGAUCUUCGCUGCUGCUGCAAUCUGCGAUGCUACCCAUGCCUGUAUAGCCAAAGUUUAUAACUCAAAAAAUGUCACCAUUAUACAGCCAAAUGCAGUUCUCAUAUUGGAAAACUUCUCUGUCAGAGACGGUGAGAUCUCAAUCACAUACAGAACAAACGUAUACAGUACAGCAUUUCCACUGGAAAUUCCAGAUGAUAUCAUGAAUAAAGCAUCAUCUUCGUUGAGUGGUACAAAUCAUACAGAUACAAAUGCACAUGUUGAGGCAAACCUUUUCUAA